UAAAGGGAUGGCAUGUGAAAAUAAUAAAGACACUAUUUUAAAGUCACUUAUAAAAGAAUCAAAGUAUUUUGAUGCUAAUGACAACUUACUACGUGCAAUACUUCAAUGGGGACUAGAAGGGCUUGAUAAAUACGAAGAAGAAAUGGGGAAAAAAAAUUUUGACAAGUUGAAAUCAUCAGUUAGCAAACUUCUAAAUACCCAAAACAGUUGUAUGGUUAAUGUACAUAAUGAAGAUAUGUCCUUUAUAGAUUCUUUUAAAUCGGUUAUUCAAUCGGUGAAAUAUAAUGAUGACGACAAUGUAUUAUUAAAUGCAAUACGUGAUGAAGGAAUGCAUGGAUUGCAUAAACUCAGUAAUAACAUUCCAUCUCAAAUAUUUAUAAAAUUAAAGUCAUCAUUGGAGGUUCUAUUAGAUAAUCAUAAUAUGUCGAAAUAUAAAGAGGAAUCAAAUAUGAAUAAGGUUAGUUUUAGCCAUUUUAUUUUAAAUCAACUUCGAAUGUUGAAUGUACCAAAUAAUCUUCACAAUUGUAUAGAAGCGCAAAUUACUGAUAGCUUAUCAAAUAUUAUCGAAAGUUAUGAGUCUAACAUUACAAGUCAAAAUAAAAAAGACAUGUUAUAUAACUCACUUAGCUCAAAUCAUUCGGAAGAUUCUAAAAACAUUAAAUCAUUUUUAGAAAAACUUUGGAAACCGGUCCAAAUCAAUGAAGAAAUUAAAUUAUCUUUAAUACGUAAACUGACAUCGUCUUGUUUAAAGGUUUUAAAAAAUUUUGAAAAAGAUAUUCCGAUAGAAGUAUUUGAAAAGCUCAAAAAUCUAAUGUCUCCUGUUCAAGAUCAUUUUGAAAAAGAAUAUGGAAUAAAUUCUGAUAUAAGUAAAAAAAGCUCUAAAAAACGCCAAGAGGAACAUUCUGACGAUGUUGUUAACAAAUUAAGAAAACUAGAAGAAAGACUUUUGUUAAUGCCAGAUUGUUUCGAGAAAUCUGUUUUGAACUUAAUUUAUUUGAUUCGCGUAGUAAAUUUACCUGAAAACAAUAUUACCCAUUUAUUAAAGAAAAAAGAAGAACCAAUAAACUUUGCCAUUCACAUAAACUCUUUGAGUGAGAGAUGUUUAACUCAAGGACUCAAUAUCGAAAUAAAAGAAUUGGUAAGAAAAGCUGAAAUUCAAAUUAAAGAGCGCCAUUUUAAUUUAGCGCUCCAAAGUCUUGAAUUAUUGUUUAAACAAAUUCAACCUUUGGACAUUAGAGAAAUAAGCCUAUUAUUAGAAAAAGCUAAAGAAACAUAUAAUCUGAUUAAAAAUGAGGAUAUAAUACUUUUAUUAGGAAAGACGGGAUCUGGUAAAACAGCCACUAUUCAUUUUUUAUGCGGUUCAAAAAUGGUUGAAAAAGAUAUUGAAAUUAAACCUGGCAAUUUUUUAAAAAUUAUUACUGCAGAAGAACCAUUUCCUGAUGCUUUAUCCAAGUUUGUUAUAAGCUAUCGCGCUGAAUCAGAAACUAGAUACAUAAGCCCAGUUCAAAUCAAUUUAAAAGAUUUAGGUGCAUACAAAGAUACAUUUUUAAUAUUAUGUGACUCACCAGGUUUUGGUGAUACUGCUGGUCCUGAAGUGGAUAUCGCUAAUAGUGUUAGUAUUGUUAAAGCAAUCAAAUGUUGCAAAAGCGUUCGACCAGUCAUUUUAAUGUCUUAUGAAAACCAAGGGGGUCGAGGUGAAGGCAUUCGUGAAAUGGCACGAAUGAUUCAAGAUAUGGUAAUAAAUAUUGAAGAUCAUUUAUCUUCAUUUUUUUAUGUGUUUACUAAGUAUCCGGAUAUUGACAUCCACUCAAGCCUAUUGAACAUACACAAAAGCAUUGAUAAAAGUAAGUUUGAAUCAAAUGACGAAACAUUUGAAGCCAUUUUAGAAGAUAUGUUAAUUAAAACUAAAGAGAAUGGAAAAUCUUUAAAUCUUAUUAAUGAUAAACCAUAUAAUGUUUUAAAACAGAUAACUAAAACACCUUGCAUUAAUAAUCCUCAACGAGUUUUCAGGUACAUAAUUGCUGAAAGAUCAAAAAGUACGUUGUUUAUGCAAGCUGAAUAUAAUAAGUCUGCGAUUAUAUGUGCUGCAAAAACCAACAACUAUAAUCUAAUAAAGUAUAAAAUAGAUGAAAUUUUAUUUUUGUGUGAAACAAUAGGGUUAAAUGAAAUCAAACAAACAUUAAAGGAGUCUAUUGAUUAUGUAACUAAUCACAUUCAGAAAUGUUACGAGGAUACAAAAGUACGAUUUAACAGAUACCUAGACAAUCAAAGUAAACUCUCGAGCGAGGAGCUAGAAUACUACGUUUCUCAAACUGAGAAAUUAAAAGACCUUCAUAUUUUUAAAGAUAAUGAACAAUUGGCAAGUGUAAGUCUAUUAAGCGAAGCGUUGCUUCAAAACUUGCGUUUAAGAUGCAUGCAAGAAGCAGAAAAAUUUAAAACAUUGAACAUAUUUAAUGACGACUAUUCAAAAAUAUCUUUAAAUAACAUGAAAUUAAUUACUGACAAAUGUGACAAUAAUGGAUACGCUAAUGCUUGUGAAUUUGUAAUCAACGAGGUAAAAAAGAUUCAAACAAAUCUUGAAAGCUGUAUAGAAAAAAAUGAUUUCAAUGCAUCUGCAAAUCUCCUUCAAAACUCUAAAAAUAUCUGCUUAAAGUUUAAUAGUCAUCAAUAUCUGGAAACGGAAAUUACCUCUGUGUACGAAAAUCUUAAAUUUUCAGUUAUUUUAAAGUUAAAACAGUUGUCAGAAAGUUGUGAACACUUAUUUGCACAGCAAUAUUUAACUGAUAACGAUUUGUGUAGUAUCAAUGAUAUUUUACAAGUUUUAGAGAACACUAAACAUAUUCAUUUGUUAUCCGAACAUAUUACCAAAGAAGAAAUAGACGAAUACUGUGAAAACUUUCUGUGUAAAAUAAUUAAAUUUUUUGAAUAUUUAAACAAUGAAAUUAACAAUCUUUUUAAAAACGGAAAGUUUAAAGAAAUGGAAGGAUUUUGCAAGCAAAUGCAAUUGGUGCGUCAAAUUCGAAGUGUUGAGCAACGGACCGCUGAGUUAUACUAUUCAACCAAUCAAAGCAUUACCGGUUAUAUAAAAAACUUAAGCGAUGAUACAGAAAUACUUCUAAGUAACAUUGACAAUGGUGUUGUUAAUUACAAAAAAAUAUUUUCGAAUCUCAAAAAUCUUAAAGAUGCUGAGUGGCUAAUAAACCAUAGGUGUGGCUAUUAUGAAAACAUUAUUAAAAACAUUCAAAACAUUCUAAUUGAACGGGCUACUAGUUUAAAUGAUGAUUUGUUUGAAACUAUUUUGGAUUUAGAGAACUAUUUAGAGCUUAACAAAGCAUACAAAAUACUAAAGCAGCUUGACGAAUUGAAAAAAUUCCAGACAAGUAUUCCAGAAAUUCAAAAGUAUUGUGAUAAAUCCUAUGACCAUUUUAACAGUUCUGUUGAAGAAUGUUUUUUGUCUAUCAAUAAUACUUUUUCUUUAGAAAAACAUAAUCUGAAUCACUUUAAAGAAAGAAAAACAAAACUAUUAACUAUGCAAAAUGAAUAUCAAACAAUGCAAUUUAGAGAAUUAUCUUCGAAAAGUGAAAAUAUCAGUUCCAUUACUUUAGAUGAGAAAAAUAUAGCACUCAAAAACAAACUUAAAGAAACUACAGAAAACAUUGAGCAACUAAAAUCAAAACAACAACUGUAUGCUAUAAUUAAAAAAGAGCAGAGCGAAAGUAAAACCAUAAAAAGUAGUGUUUUACAUAAAUAUAAUUUUUUUACCAUUGAUGAUUUUCUAUUUGCAGAUAAGAAAAACGAAGAGAAAAUUUUGGAAUUGGAAAGUAUAAUUGAGCAAACUACCAAUGAAAUUGAUCAUCUUGAAAAAAAAAAUAGUAAAAACGUAACCUCCAACGAAGCUAAUGAAUAUAUUUUAAAAACAAAGUACAAAGACAUUGAAACGUUAAACGACAAAAUCAAUGAACUUGAAAACAAAAUUAAUGAUGCUGAAUCAAAUGGUGCUGAGUUUCUUUUUAACACCAUUGAUAUCAACAAAGCUGAAGCUGCGUUAAAUUACUUAAACUCUUGCAUUACCAUAAAAUUUUUGAGAAAAAAAGCAGCUAGCAGAAAGUUUGAAUUAGAAACAUUCUUAAGUAAAUACAAAGAGUUUAUCACGUUUGAAAUGAAUAUCUGCAUCAAUAAAAUACAGACACUUUCUUCAACAAAACCUAUUUCGGUGCAUGGAUUAACAAAGAGAAUUAAGUUAAGACUUGAGGAAAGCAACAAAAUUCAAAAUUAUACAUUAUUAAACAAUUUGAUGCAAGGCCAAUACAUCAAAAAAGAUAUAAUUGAUAUACUAUCAAACUAUUAUUUAACUUUAGAUCUACUUAGUAACAAUGAAUUUUUAAACCCUGAAGUUGCAAGAGCCUUUAUUCAACUAGACAAAUAUUCUGAAAGCAUCAAGUUUUAUCCAUUGUUUUGUGAUUACAACAAAAAUAAAAUAAAAGAAUUGAAUGAUUUUGAAAAAAAUUUGUUGCACUGUAUUGUAAACCAUAAGUUUAAUGAAGUGUUUCUGAAACUUUUUGAAAUUGAUGAAAAAGUAUUAAAAAGAGAAACAAUUAAUAGAAUAAAAAACAGUUUGGAUAACUCAAUAAACAAAAUAAUAGUUGAAACUGAACAACUUUUUAAAGCACUGGGAGACAGUCUGGAUAAAAAGGCGGUUAACAAAAUAGCUAAACAGUUUUAUAGGUUAAAUGAUGCUAUGAAACAUUUAUACAACAACAAUUCUCUUGAAGAAAAGUUUAAAUUGAGUAGCUACAUUAACAAAGACACUCAGGUAGAGCUUAUCAUUUUUUUAAAAAAAAUUCACGAGACAAUAGCUAGAAAAAUGACUAAAUACAUGGAAAAAAUAAAUUUUGAUAUUGACCAUAAUAGUUUUUACGAAGCCGAGAUAAAAAUAGAACAUUUAAACCACAUUCACAACUUGUUCGAAAAUGAUAACAAUUCUGCCGAAAUAAAUAAUGAAAUUGUAAAAAUGCAAGAAAAUCUUGAAAGAAGCUUAAACGCUGUUACAGAUAAGUAUGAAAAAUUGCAGAUAAGCGAUUACUACGAAAACUCACCGAAGUUAUUAAUUAGCGAGUUAGAAAAACUAGUCAAUCAUUCUAGCAAAAAGAAGUAUAGCGAACUAUUAAAUAAAAUUAAAGAAGCACUUAGAACUCAAAUGAGACGUGUUUUCAAAAAAAUUAAAACUGAAAAACUGGAAGAGCGUGAGAAGAGCAUGGAUCUUAUCAAAUCAACUUUUAAUUUAUUACCUGAUGAUAUGAAACCAUGGGUAGAAUCCAAAAGAGAAAUGUUUAAAAAAAGAAUAGAACAAGAAAACAAAGUUUACCAAGAUGAGUUCAAUACAAUUAAUAACACAUCUAACGUAAAACUAAUUAAUGAAUUUAUGAACAAAUGUAUAAAUGAUGGGAUGGAAAAGUACAUUCGUCUAUUAAAAAACAUGUUGAAUGAACGGAUGGAAGAAUGCAACCGUAACUUAACAAAUUACCUUCAUGAAAAUGAUGUCAGUAAGGCAUUGGAAGUGUUAAAAAAAUAUUUGGAUUUUAUUCAAGAGUUUGGCGAAACUUUUGCUGAAAUAAAUAUUAUAUUUUCAAAAAUAGAAUAUAAUUUAGAAAGUAAAUUUAACUUGAUAUGCUCAAUAUUUUCAGACAUUUCAAAUAACCAUGACAUUAACAAAAUAGAAAAGAGUUUUCAGAAUUUAAACUAUUUUGAUGAAGUUACUUUGCUAAAUCAUGAAAAUUACCCAAGCUUGCCAAGUUUAAGCAAACUAAUUAACAAUAUAACUUUGGGGCUGGGUAAAUCAUAUAAAAAUAUUGUUGAUUUUUUUCAUAAUUAUCAGUUAAAGUUUCAGAUCUCACUGAAUGAACUUAACGUUCUAAAGAUAAAUGAAUCAAUGACUAUUUGUCAAAAUCAGAGUUCCCUAUUAACUGCAGCUAUAAGUUACUCUAAGAUCAAGGUAGACAAUGUUUUAGUUCAAAGUAACUUGUCAAGUAUUAAGUCCUGCAAUCGCUAUGACCAAAUGAAGGAAAUUCUAUCAAAAAAGCUUGAUACAUUCAAAAAUCAAAUAUAUAAAGUUGAUUAUCUCAAACCUUAUAACAAUGAACGAGAUCUUUUUUACCAAGACUUUGUUAAACAAAUUUCAUUUCUAUAUCAUUCUAAGGAACUAAAAAGUCAUAUAAACUGUAAUGUAUUUAAACCAAGUUCAUACGAAAGCGAAGUACAUCCUUAUUUAGCAAAUUUCUUUGAUAAAUUAUCCGAAACCACUAAAAAAAUUUUUAGUAAAGAUAAUUUUGAUAAAACUCUGCAAAAACUUGAUUUGUUCCGACUUAACCUAGAAAACAUUAAAUCAUUCGACAUGCAUGCAAAACGUUUUCGACUAAAUUUUAACCUUACAACAAAAAUAAAUGAAAUUAACGAUAAACUGAAAAGCACACUAAAAUAUUUUUUCACAAUGGUUGAUCAAUCUGAAAAUGAUGUUAAUAAAAAAGCAAUGUGGUUGAUAAAAAUUAAAACUUUUGCUAUCUACUUACCUGAAUUUGGCAAUGACAUAAAUGAACAACUUGAUUCUUUUUUUAAAAAGUACAGUAAUCAAUGCGUAAAAAAUCGAAAAAUAGAGAUGGCAACGCUUAGCAUAGCUUUAGAACAUGAUGCAAGUGGAGUUGGCUUUUAUAUUCUCUCUGAGCACUCAGUUUUUAAAGGGCAAGUUAUAUCAAUAUUUAACCAAAAUACCUGUUAUCAUGGAAUUGAUUAUGUUUUAAAAAAACUUGAAGGCGAUAAUAUUAAUAAUGAAAGUAUCCAAAGACUUAAAGAUGUAUAUAACCUUUAUUUAGAAAAUUAUCAACAAACUGUGAAAAAAUACAUUGUAAAAAUUAAUGAAAAUUAUGACCUAAAUGAAUUGAUAAGGUUUAUAAAAUAUAAUGGAGACAAAAUGGCUGAAAAUGUUUUUGAAAAAAAAAAGUGGAAUGAACAGGAUAGAAAUAAACUAAGCAUUCUUAUUGCAAACAUAUUUGCUUUAUGGACAUUGCAAAAUGCAGAGUAUUAUAAUGAAAUGGAAGGCAUUAACAAUCAAGAGUCUUACUUGCUGACACCCCACCCAAGUCAGGUUAUAUCUAUUUUUCGCAUUUUAGGAAUAGGCUACAUAGAACCUAAGCAAGUUAAAGGUAUUAGUAAAAGCUUUAAAAGCGUUGUAUAUAACGAAAAAUUAUUAUCUACUACUGACAAACUUCAGAAUAAUUUUGUGCAAGUUGGAACAGGUGAAGGAAAGUCAAUAAUUUUGGCUGUUGUAUCGUGUGUUUUAAGUCUUAUUGGUUUUGAUGUUAGCUGUGCUUGUUAUAGCGAAUACUUAAGCUCUCGUGACUACAAAUCAUUUCUUCCAUUGUUCACCUCCCUUGAUUUGACAACUCAUAUUAAGUAUGCUACCUUUAACGCUAUAUGCGAAGGUGUUAUAAAUCAGAACUGUAAUAUUCGUAAUCGCGUUGCUGAUUUAGUUUCCAAUAAAAUUAUUGAAACGAUUUUUUCCGACAAAAAGCAAACAAGACCCAUGGUUUUGCUAAUUGAUGAAGUUGAUGUGUUUUUUAACAAAGAUUUUUACGGUAAUUUAUAUACACCGUUGGCGCGAAUAAAAAAUCCAUGCAUCGCUGAUCUUACCAACUACAUAUGGUCUCAUAGAAAAAAAAAACUAACUCUAAAACAUAUUCAAUUAACACCAGAAUAUCAAAAAUGCUGCAAUUAUUUAAAAGAAUGGGAUUUUUUAGUUAUAGAAGCUGUAAAAGAUAUGUUAGCUGAUGUACAGGAUUUCAAGCACGACUACAUCAUUAAAAAUGAUAAACUGGCUUACAAAGA